GCCGAUCCCUCUUGAUCUGAAGAAGAUGGAUACAGUGACGACUAGAUCGCCUGCAAAGAGGGUGGUGACCCAUCACCAAAAAGAAGUCUACGAGUCAAGGGACAAGAAGCUACAUGUCCUCCUCCCUUACGAUAUGGAGGUGGAGACACUGACUAGAUUGCCUGGAAAGUCGCUUAUGAAGUUCCUAUGCGUGUGCAAGACUUGGUAUUCCCUUAUCCGAAGCCAAAGAUUCGUGGCUUCAUACUGCGCUGCGAAGCCAUCCCGUUUUAUAGUCGCUUUCACCAACAAUGCAGGUGGUGAUGAUCCCAAGCGUCUGUUCAUCUUGUCGGGAGAGGAGGAAACUUCUUCUUCUUCUUCUUCUUUGGUUGCCAAUCUAGACAUGACAAUACCCUCAGUGACCUUGCCUCACGGCGCCUACAAGUAUUUUUCCGUCCAUGGCUUUAUCACUUGUUUUGAGAUGUCAAAUUUCAUUAUAUGUAACCCUAGCACGGGGCAAGUCAUUACCUUUCACUGCAAGGCACCGGCCACAUCCUUGGGAUACGAUCCUGUAGAUGAUCAAUUCAAAGCAUUGACCCAUGUGACAUCUAACUAUGAUCAUAACCCUAGUGUCAUGGUGCACGAGGUUAUAACACUUGGACGAGGAGGAGUAGUAUCUCGUACCCAACUUACCUCCCCGCCUUAUUACCGUGUAACUAGGGGACGAUGCAUCAAUGGUUUCAUGUAUUAUGGUGCUUAUGCUCCAUGGGAAAGUAAGACUCCUGUGUUUGUGUGUUUUGAUGUUAGACAUGAGAGGAUACUAAGUUUUAUCACAACGCCUCCGGAGGUCCUGGUUUGGCAGGCUUUUACAUCAUUGAUAGAAUACAAAGGGAAGCCAGCUGUCGUUGUACCAAACUGUUUGAGAGUAAGUGGUUCUUCUUUCAACUGUUUUAAUCUUUGGAUACUGGAGGAUGUGACGAAACAUGAGUGGUCCAAACAAACAUUUGAGCUUCCCUUGUAUUUUCCCUUCACUCUUGGGAUGGGUCAGCGUAUGAUCUCCCAAGGAACCAACAAGGCUGGUGAAAUCAUUUUCUCCCCAACAACUCUGCCAGGCCGUGCCAAGCCCUUCUAUGUUUUCUACUUCAACCCAGACACGAAGAGCACGAGAAGAGUCAGGAUCCACGGAGUCGCUGAUACUGAAGAGUUCUGGAGCCGUUAUGGACUCACAGGCAUAUGCUGCGUCUCUUUCUCACCCCAACACAAUGAUAGUAUUGCUUUUUUAUAAUAAUGUGUUUUGUUGAUGUGUAAGAGCUUGCUUGGUAAACUAAACAAAACUAAACUCUGGGGAUUUUUUUUUUUUUUAUCAAAUAAUUAUGCAUCAAACUUGUUUUUGCGACUCGCAUUUGUUUCUUUUUCCUUCUUUAUUUUGUGUUUAUUUUAGUUUCACAACUCUUUUACUUAUAUUUGUAUAUACUUGUGUAUUGUGUUAUAUAUGCACUAGAUUUCUUUUGUA